AUGCGACUUGCCAAAAUAUCAUCUAGCAACUUCCAUAUUUCUACUGCGAUGCUUAGACACUCACUUAAGACGGCCAUCCCCACCACUGGCCACAUUGCGGCACCAGCACAGAUGGCCAACCCCACGACUUGCCACAUUGCGGCACCACAGAUGGCCAAGCGCACGGCUUCUCUUAUUGCGGCACGAGCACAGCCGACCAUGCACACGGCUUCUCACAUUGUGGCCAACACCCGAAUCCCAUUUUCUUUGCAGUCUAUCUGCUCCACUUGGUACUGA